AAUGUCUGUCCCACAGACACACUUGAGGGGUCCGUUAUUAUGGUAUUAUUUCUGGACAAGGAGUUGCAAGGUGGAGAAUUGGUCCUAACGCAUCUCGGCAAAUGUCUCUGAUUAGUUUUUAGACUGAUAUUUUUGACUUUCUUCCGCGCAGUGGCACGAAAAACCAAGCAUUCUGGAUCUACGGCGCACCGCCUUGUUCGAAGUGGGACCCGUGCAAAGCAUACAAAGCCCGCAGUACCACUUGCUGUCAGGACUACUGUUUUUGUUGAUGUCAUCCGCGGCGGUGUUCAAGCCGUAGCGACCGUCAAUUUAUAAACGGAAUUUAUCGGAUUACUACACUUUGCCACGAUUAUUUGGGUUUUGGGUUCACAGUGAAAUGGGAGUUUUAGCGCACUGUGUUUUACUUUUUCUAUUCCAGCAUUUUUCGUCUGGUUAUGAUUUUCACGAAGGACUAUAUAACAAUGGGCAGUAUACAUUUGUGAAAGAUCCCAGUUUGAAUAUCGAAAAGAGAUCUUCGGAUUUGCACGUACAUGCUGACUCCGAAUCAUCCGAACACAUUAGGAGUAGAAGAAGCACGGAUCAAGAAGACUGCAAAAGUCUCGAGGGAUUUGACACCAAGUUGAACAACAACACCCACACGUUUGUCUUCAAUGACCUGAGUGGAUCUGUGUCGCUGGCCUGGGUCGGAGAUGGCACUGGGAUCAUCCUGGUUUUGACAACAUUCCAGGUGCCGUUCUUCAUGUUGCGAUUCGGCCAGUCCAGACUCUACCGUAGUGAGAACUAUGGGAAGUCAUUCGUGGACGUCACAAGCCUAAUCAACAACACCUUCAUCAGGACUGAGUUUGGCAUUGCCAUAAGCCCUGACAACUCUGGGAAGGUGAUCCUGACCGGUGAUGUGUCUGGCAGCCUUGGCUCUCGUAUCUUCAUCUCCGGAGACUCUGGGAACAGCUUUGAGCACCAAGACCUUCCCUUUAACCCAAUGUUUCAGAUCACAUACAACCCCAGAGAUCCCAAUGUUCUCCUGGUCAUCAGCAAUGCCAACGAGUUGUGGUUGUCGGAUGACUUUGGAAAGAACUGGAGGAAGAUCCAUGAGAUGGUCUGCCUGUUCAAAUGGGGAAUGGACAGUAGCAUAUUCUUCACCACGAAUCUCAAUGGAUCCUGCAAUGAAAGGGGGAUGCUAGAUUUGAAGAAGACAACGGACUAUGGAAAGACCAUGAAGACUGUUGCCACGAAGAUCUUCUCCUUCGGCCUGGGCGGGAAGUUUCUGUUUGCCUCGGUCAUGACUGGAACUGGCUCUAUGAGGAUGAUCCAUGUGUCGACCAACCAGGGGGAGGACUGGAACAUGGCACAGCUGCCUCCGGUUGGCCACGAGGAGUUCUAUUCCAUCCUGGCAGCCAAUGACGACAUGGUGUUCAUGCACGUGGACGAACCCGGAGACACAGGCUUUGGCACUAUCUAUGUGUCGGACGACAGAGGCACCGUCUACUCCAAGUCUCUGGAGCGCCACCUCUACACCACCACUGGGGGCGACACCGACUUCACCAACGUCACAUCUCUACGAGGGGUGUUUGUGACCAGCAUCCUUGCCGAGGAUGACUCCGUACGCUCCGUGGUGACCUUUGACCAGGGAGGGGAGUGGGUACCCCUGCAGAAACCCGCCAACAGCCAGUGUGAGUCCACAGCCAGAGACCCAGACCGGUGCAGUCUUCACAUCCAUGCAGCCUACAGCAUGACCAUGAGGCUGAACGUCCCCAUGCUGCCCCUCAGUGAGCCCAACGCCGUGGGACUCAUCAUGGCUCACGGAAGCGUUGGUGAUGCCAUCUCUGUGCUGAAGCCUGAUGUGUUUGUGUCAGACGAUGGGGGUUACACCUGGCUCAAGGCCCUGAACGGACCUCAUCACUACGCCAUCCUGGACUCUGGUGGAUUACUGGUGGCUGUGGAGCACUCCACAGAGCCAAUCAAAACCAUCAAGUUUUCCACAGAUGAGGGCCAGUGCUGGAAAUCUCACGAUUUCACGAGCGACCCCAUCCACUUCACGGGGCUGGCUUCAGAGCCAGGGGCAAGGUCUAUGAACAUCAGUGUCUGGGGCUACAGAGACACUCUGCUAAGUCAGUACUGGGUCUCGGUCACCAUCGAUUUCAGAGAGCUGCUAACUAAAAACUGUGAGGACAGGGACUAUGUGCAAUGGCUGGCGCACUCUGAUGACCUCAGUGACCCGAACGACGGCUGCAUGCUGGGCUACAAGGAGAAGUUCCUCCGUUUGAGGAAGGCCUCGGUGUGCUGGAACGGACGGGACUAUGAGAUCAACAAAGAGCACACUCCCUGCCCCUGCACCCUGGAUGACUUCCUCUGUGACUUUGGGUACUACCGUAAAGAGAACAGCUCAGAGUGCGUGGAACAGCCGGACCUGAAAGGCCACGUUCUGGAGUUCUGUCUGCAGGGCAAGCAGGAACAGCUUCAGACCAGCGGCUAUAGGAGGAUCCCUGGGGAUAAGUGUGUGGGAGGAACCCAGCCUGAGAGGAAAGUGAUUGAUCUCAGCAGGAGGUGUGUCAGUGACCUGCUGACACAGGAAGUGCAGGCGGACGGACAUUUCUCCAGCUCCGCUCCGAUCGUAGUGGCGGUGAUCAUCGUCCUGCUGGUCAGUGUCGUUGCCGCCGUCCUCCUGAUCAAGAAAUACGUCUGUGGUGGCCGGUUCCUCGUGCACAGGUACUCUGUCCUUCAGCAACACGCUGAGGCCCAGGGGGACGUGGACGAGCCGCUCGAGAGCAACCACACUCGGGGCGGCAACAAGACCAGCUUUCACGAAGAUUCAGACGAGGACCUUCUGGAGUAACAGUUAAGAACUGGCAGCUUCCAGGACCAACUUGACUUCUACUGCUCAUAUGGAGGAAGUAGUCUCCUGUCCGUUCCGACCCUACUUGCAGCUAAUAUCGAGGAAGUGCUAGUAGUGUCCUGACUAUCCUUCACGACCAGGAGGUUCCUGUAGCUAUCAUACUGUCCGUGUGCGGAGGCUUACUACUCUACAUCCAAGAAUGAGUUUUUCCAAACUGUACUCUGAGGCUCACGGCUGCUCUGUCUCUCUGUCGCUUUCUGCCUCCCCCCAGCUCCUUCCUUCACCAUGACCCCUGGCCUCUGACCUAAGACCUUUCAGCUCUUAUCCGUGAGGUUUCCUGUGAAUGUACAGAGGCCUUGUUAUCUGAGCGAUGCCCCCGUUCCAACAGACGACUGUGAUGUUCUGGCUGAUAGACCCGUUUUGUGUUUGAAUUUCUUCCCCAAGCUCCAACUUCCGUUAGGAGCAACAUACAAACGGGAUGAUGAGUUGGUUCUUGUCUGGUGAUGAUUCUGGUGGGUAAUGUUGGAACAUUAUAACUGCUGUAUAGAUACUUGGGUAGACUAUUGGCUGGCUUCUCCCUCAUCUUUACAAGUCUUCUUCAAACAAGUAAAUAUGAAAACAUCUCAACCUUGCGGGUCACAUGCUUCUUCUGCUGCUUGGGACAGGGGCUCUUGGGAAUAUUAGGAAUACAGAUUUAUCGAAGACUUUCUCCAUUCUCCUUCCCUGCACUUGUACAGAAAAAGUUUUCAUUUCUUUCCUUUAUUGUGAUUUGGGAUGUGUUAAAUAGGUUUCUGUUGAUUGUGUGGAAAAAUGACUCUACAGGGCCACCAUAUUCUUAUUUUUGUGUGUAUGUGUGUGUGUAUUUCAAGAUGAAAGUGAAAAUAUUCACUUGGAUAGCAAUAAUAUUUUUUUCUGUAUCUGCGCGCUAAGCAUUCGUAGCAGGAAUUGACCUGAACCUGUGUAAACUUCAGGGGCUAAUCCUAACAUGAGAAAUGUGCACAUAACUGAACACGUCACCUCCUUAAAUCAGGCACGGAUGUCAAUGUGGCAUCUAGUUGCAUGAAGUAUCUGAAGUUUUUGUUUUAUGUUGGAACAACAUGACGUUUGUCCUGUGCAGUUACAUAAUAAUGAAAGCACAAUGUCUUUUUUCAGUGCAAGCCGUCUGAAGUUAGAAAAAUAUGGAGUUGAUGAAAUAGUUAUUGGUUUCAAACAUAUUUCUCAAUGCUAACCAUUGUAAUUUAGUUUAAUAUAGAAAUCAAUAUCCACUUUAGUGGUCAAAGUAGAUACGUGUUUGAAGACGGCCAACGGUAGGUCGUUAUAUAAUUACACCAUCCACAAAGACUUAAAUGCAGGUUCGAAUAACAACAAAUAUUUAAAUGUGGUGAAUGGAUCGAUCCAUGCCUGUUAGACGGCUGUAACUGUGUUUUAAGCUGAGAAAUAUUCUGUGGAUAUUCUAGCAGUGUUCCACUGGCGUUUUGAGUGUGUAGAAAAGUUAUUCCUGUACUGUAGGCAAUAUCUGAACAUGAGUAGACUCAACUGAAUAAAAUGUAUUGUGGUCACAUCUGAUGGGGUACUUCGGUCAUUACGAGUGGAGAAAUACAUGUUUAAUUUUUGCAUUUCUCAUUUCCUUUGCUGCGGUGGUUUUUUUGAAUAAUUAAUGGUGAAUUACAAGUUAAGGGAACAGCUUUGUAGGCGUUUCAAGUCUUCAAUAAUGAGACUUGUGACGCGAAUAGAUUCCCAUUUUGACUAGGCUACUUUAAACUACUGAUGAUAGGCUGAGCCUAUACGAUCCCCUACUCAAUCGUUUGCUAGUUUUGGCCGUUGGACACGUUGCACACACUCAUUCGUUCUUCGUGUCAUUAGGGUGUUUAACAAGUGGCUUCAUAUGUUUGUAUUUAUUUGUAACGAUCCGAUUGGCUCGGUUGCCGUAAUGUAACUUAAUGGUUGGAUGGGUGAUGUUAUACAAGUGCCUAGUAUGAGGGUAAAUGGGGCAGAACUAGGAGUGCGACGGACUUCCCCAUUCAAGUCCGUUCUAUUCAUUAUAUUUCUGUGGUAGGGUCUGUGCCUUCCUGAAGAGGGCUAGGGUUGGUGUUUAGAAUCGUUCCUAAGGUAUUCGAUAUAUCGGCGUUACUUCACCGGUUGCGCCCACAUCCGUUGGUUGAACUCGCAAUAGUGGGCCUAUGUUAUUAGGUAGUCCUUAGUCAAAUCGGUAGCACAUGUACAUGCUGUGUUCUCAAAAGAUACCAUAUACCACCCUAUUGUCCACUGGAAUUGUUCUCAGACUUCACUCCCAUCCAUAAAGCAACGUAACCAUUAAAACAAUUAUAUAACAAACAUAAAAACCACAUUAUAUUACCCACUCGUGCCGUAAGAUCCAAUCUGUUGCCCACUGUGAACAGAUGCAGUCUCUAAUGGUACCUAUAUUUAGUUUGUACACUUUAGACACGCUUGCCCAGAAUUGAAAUAAUUUUACCAGAUCUCAGUUGGUACGGAAGACUCCCGGCAACAAAAAGAGGCCGAUAUGCUGCUGAAAGACGCUUGUUCUGAAUUCUGAUCUUAAUUCCUAUUUAAUCAGGAAGGUUUCAUGUAGAGUUUAUAAAGGUUGAGACUUUCUUUAACAUUAUCACGUCAGUGUACUGGAAUGGUUCGUUGUGAUGGCUUUGUAAAUACACAAUUGUUAAAUGUUUGUGUCUGCUGUGUAACCCUUCUAUACAUUUGACAAGACUUUGCUUUGUGUUAUUGACCAAUAAAUUUACUUUUCCAUUUGC